GAUUGUUUGUUGAUUCAGUGAGGCCCAUCUGAUGCCGGACCGGCCUGAGCUUCAGGAGACGGCACAUGGACGGUGCGCCCACUGCCCAGCAGAUGGACAGGCCGCAUCUCACUCACAUUUUCCGUGUUGGCACUUGCGGGGAGAGUAGGAUUCGGCUCGCGCGAAUAUCCCUAGCAUUUGUGUCCACUUGAUGGGAGAGUCAGGCACUCAAGCGUGAGUAGUGAAGUGAAUUCUUAGUUCUUCGAUAGGUGGGCCAUUUGGAUGAUUGUGGGACCUACUCCAUUUAUAAUGCCAUGGACGGUCCUUCUUUUCGGUAAACAUGUUCCUAACUAUCGACUUGAAUGUAGACGGCUGACAGUUAUGUGAUUUUUAUCUUUUUCAUAGAUCUGGCAUUUGGACCGUUUCUGAGAGCCUCAUAUCGGCGAUUCAUUUUGGGACUUACAUCCUGAGCGGUUCCGAUCAUCCUCACGCAUGGUCCACCUUGAGGACUACGAGUUCACUCUAGUAGUACUGUAGUAAUCCGCGGACUACAAGACCCGCCCUUCCGGUUGAGCUGUGUCAACCCGGCUGAGCAUCGAGUUUUUAUCAGGCAUCUUUGUAGGGCUUUUAUUUUAUACACAGACACGAGCGGAAAAUCAUCAAACAGCGUGAUUGCUGCCCUUUGAUCGGCUCGCUUCAAUGGGUCCCCACCCAAAAGAAAACAAAAUAGUUGAAGCGCGCCAAUCAAGGGGCGAAAUUUAGGCCUAUGAAUAUGAUGACAUCAUUUACCAAACAAGCCUCACAUCAGUUUCGCGAUGCUUUGGCGUCUCUGGAAAUUGUCUUGAUAUGGCUUUUGUAUGGACGUUUGCUAAAUGGGAUUCUCCUUUGGUUUUUGUUCAUUGUAUUGAAGAGGAAGAGAGAGAAAGGAAGAGAAGAUAAGAUAGUUGGGCAGGAGACUUGGGGAUCGACUCCUUUUCCGAACGUUAAUUGAAGGUUUUUGCAAAGGUUGGGAAUGAUGAAGAGCCUAGCUUGCUGUCGUCGAGACAAGGAGACCAGCAUCGACUUCGAUGAACAAGAAAUUUUUCAAGGCAUGUUGGGGUGGUUCCUGGGAAGUACUCAGUUGCAAUGGCCGCAUGCUUGAGAAAUCAGCUCCAGUUGCUACCAUUACCACCUUCCAAAAAGUCAGUGUAGUUCACAUCUCACUGGGGAUCAUGACAUACAGUGGUCUGGAGAGCUGCAUCCUCAACAGUUGUUCAUAUGACAACGAGAGCGGGACAAGCAGAGCUGAUGGUUGCCAAACUGACUCCUUGGAUGAAGAUGAUUUGAGCUGUUCUUCAAGCAAAGAUGGCUUUGGAUCACUCUCCUCUCAUUGGCUGAUGAACAAACGGGACGAACAUGGACCGGAUGAAUGGGAGAUGUGCAACAGCCCACAUAAAUUUUAUGGUAGAGAGAAACUGGCUUAUAACAUCCAAUUUUCAGAUGUUGACGCCAUGAGAGAGAGGUUUGCAAAGUUGUUGUUAGGUGAAGACGUCUCAGGAGGAUGUAAAGGACUCAGUACUGCUCUAGCACUGUCCAACGCCAUAACGAACCUUGCAGCAUCUGUUUUUGGUGAGUUGUGGAAAUUGGAGCCAUUGCCUGAAGAAAGGAAGAGCAAAUGGCGGAGAGAAAUGGAUUGGUUCCUGUCCCCUACCAACUACAUGGUUGAACUAGUUCCCGCCAAGCAAAAUGGUGCCAAUGGCCGGACCUUAGAGAUAAUGACACCCAAAGCUCGUUCAGACAUCCAUGUGAAUCUUCCAGCACUUCAAAAGCUAGACUCCAUGCUCAUUGAAACUCUGGAUUCAAUGGUGAAUACGGAGUUUUGGUAUGCGGAAGGAGGUAGCAGAGCAGAAGGGAGAAGCGGAAGUGCCAGGCAUAACAUGAAAUGGUGGCUUCCAUCUCCUCGAGUUCCCAUAUCUGGCCUUUCCACCUCUGAAAGGAAGAAACUGGAUCUCCGUGUAAAGUUGGUACAUCAAGUUCUCAAGGCUGCCAAAUCCAUCAACCAGCACAUCUUACUGGAAAUGCCUGUUCCCACUGUUAUCAGGGACGCCCUCCCAAAGUCCGGAAGGGCAGCCUUGGGUGAAGACCUUUACAGGCUCCUAACCCUGGAGUCCAGCUCAGUGGAGAAAAUCUUGCAUUCUCUUGAUCUGAGAACCGAGCACAGGAUCCUGGAGACUGCGAAUCGGUUGGAGGCUGCUGUGUUUGCCUGGAAGCAAAGAAUCUCAAACCAAGUCAAUGGGAAAUCACCUGCACGGAAUUCAUGGUCCUUUGUGAAGGAUUCUGAAUCUGAGCUAGACAAGAUGGAGGUGUGGUCAGAGAGAGCUGAAGCCCUUUUACAGCUACUAAAGACCAGAUACCCGAACCUUCCUCAAACCUUUCUUGACGUCACCAAAGUCCAAUACAACAAGGAUGUGGGCCAUUCAAUUCUGGAAGCCUAUUCCAGAGUUCUGGGAAGCUUAGCAUUCAGCAUUCUCUCCAGGAUAGGGGAUAUCUUGCAGGAGGAUGACUUGAGCAAUCCUGACUCUCCAGCUGCGGCAUUCAAAUUCGACUGCUUUUCAAGCAUAAAUCUUGCCAGAAUCUCCGAGAACCCAGCCCGUCGUGUAAGACAUUCGCUCAUCGACCAGAUGAACAGUGUAGAUGGACGCUUUUGCUACUCAAGUGUAAGCAAAUGUUCUACAGAGGACUUCUCUGACAGUGAAGCAAAGACAAGCACAAGCACUGCAACAGCAACACCAUGUAGAAGCAGAGCUUGGUGCUAUGGUAGAGAAGUUUGUCGCAGUGUCUCUCCUUCAAGUUUGCCUUGAUAAGGGCCCAUGUUCUUGUCAUCAUCGAACUAAGUGCCAACACACACAAGAGAAGACUGCAUGGCCCUUCUUCAAUUCUUCUUGUAAAUGUCUUAUGCAGAAACAUCUUGUGUUUGCACAGAAGAAACACACAACUUGCACAAGUGGAGGAACUACACAUGUAGCCAGGACACAGAAAUGUGCACACAGGAGAAAGGAAAACGAACAUAUAGUUGAAUUAGAAGAAGAGGCUGAUUCUGGGUCCAUUGCAGCAAAACACUGUUUGGCUUGGUACCACUUGCCACCAUACAUGUCUGUAAGGUUGGUGCGUCCACCCUAGUUGAAUUCCAUGUAUUUUGCAAAAUAUAUUGCUAUGUUGACGCUCCAAAAUUGUCAAGCUCCCUCGCAUUUAGUCAAAAUUUGAUGGAUUUUGCAAAUAUUUGAACUUUCUUAACAAUAAUUGUAAGAAUGUAAUGCUUACCUGAAUAGUUACUUGUACUAGCAUCCCUAAAGCUGCAAAAUGAAUUAGUUGCAUUGCUCAGGUCUCACACGUC